AUGGCGGAAACGAAACCCAAACUACCGACAACGGGUUGCACUGAGAAGUUACUGAAUGAAUACCUUGCGGAAAAAGAAAAUUUAGAACAGAUUUUGAGCAAAAUCGGAGAAGAGAAACAUAAGGCUCUGCAACGAAUGGAAGCAGUCCAGAGGAAGCUGUGGCUUCACAAGUUAGAGCUUCAGCGCAGGAAUUAUGAACGUAGCUUAGAAGAGGUCACAAGCAUCAAGAAGCUUAUUGAGGAUCUAACUAGACAAAUCGAAUCGGAGCAGCGUGCAUCCAAGGACGAGCGGUGAGUUCCCAACUGUUGGUCUGGAGAGCUCUGUCUCAGGUUCACCCAGAUCAUGGACAGUUUGCAGUUAUACACAAAUCGACCUGGGCGAUUCCCUGAAAAGAGACUGAUUCCGGAUGAAGGCAAAGGAGACGUACUCAGAAAUGUCGAUACUGGAGAUCCAGAGUGUCCGAUUGUUCCAGAUGCUACUGUGCAACUGAAAGAACCCCAUCAGGAACCGAAUGAAAAAGGGGAGAUGCCGCAACUCUCAGUGCCGGACGAGAAAAGUGAAAUUCAUGCGGCAUGAAGCGACAGAACAAGUUUUCCAAAGCCAUCAUGUUUUGUUUUUUUCAUGAAUCCACAGACAGUUUUUUGGGAACGAUGGGACGCUUUUUAACUCUCGUUGAUUUAAACAUUCUUAGUGUCAG